CUUCUCCUGUGAGCUGCCCCAGCUUAGCUGAAGCACUGUUCUCCAGGGACUGACUGUCUGUACUGAGUGAGAAGAGGAUAACAUGGGACGGAGACACUGGGUCAGGACCACCAAAUGCCAGCUGCUAGUGACCAGCCUCUUUGUCAUGCUGCUGGGGCUGGCAGUCACCAUACUGACCAUUAUCACCCGCUAUGGGGCUCACUUCAGUGUAAUCAGUGGGGUCUCCCCUGAGGCUAACCCCUAUAGAAUCUUCCACAACGUAGCAUUCUACAGCGGGAUAUGUCUGAGCAUGAUUCUGGUCCUUGCAGCCCUGCUGAGUACUGUUGCCACAGUGAGAGAAUCGGUGUGCCUCAUGGCAAUGGGAUUCUUCUGUUUUGCCAUUGUUUUCUGUGCACUGAUACAGGCUGCAUUCUGGAGAUACACCAACAACAGUGAGACUAACACGGCUGCUACUCUGAAACUAGUAAAGAUGAUCUCCCAGCAGAGAGGCAGAGGGGAUUCCCACUGGGAAGAGUGGAAUUGCACUCCAGCUGAAUGGGCUGAAGUGUCUGCCCUGGCAGAGCGACAAAAGAAGAGGACAGAUGAGGAGCCUAGGUGUAGUGGAAGAUACUGGAGUGUGAUAUGGAAGAACUCCCGGCAGAGAAGGUGGUGGUGGUGCACUCUGGGAAGGGGUUUAAGGACUAUAUAUGCUGGAUGUGGGAAAUGGACUAUGUUUGGAACUUCUGUCAGGAAUUUAAUGAACUGUAUUUUGGUGAUACACUGACCCCAGGGAGGGGUAUUAUUCAGCCUGAAGUGGAUUUACUGGGGAUUUUGCAACAGGAAAUUGAGAUAGGUGUGCAUGUCAUGCUGCAGUGUGGUGAAGGAUGCAUGCCAGGCCAGACUGCUCUGACAUACUUAUCUUUUUUUUGCCCCAAACCACCCUUUCAAUAGGAAUUGCCAGGCUUCUGCUCUGAUGUCUGCUCAGUGAGGAUUGUGAACCAAAAAUGUUUUCAUUGGAUGAAAUGGCCUAUUUUUUUCAAAAUAGGUAAUACAUGUUUUCAGGAAUUUUCAGUAUUUUUGAUCAAAUUGGAAAAUGAAGAAUUUAGUCCACCAUUCCCUUGUCCCCGUCCCCACCCCCCAUUUUCACUUUUCCUCUGUCCCAUUUUCAGUGAGAAAAGGAAUAGAAGGGGGAGUGGAGGGAUGAAAUGAAACAAAAAAAAUCUCAAAUGUGGAAAACAUGCAGACUGAAAACUACCUCAAAUUUUCUGAAAUUCUCCCCUCUUCCUCUCAUAGUUUGACCAGCUCUAAGUUGUCUUUUCAGUGGUGUGAAAGAAAGGAUCAGUUCCUUCUUAUCAAUCUAAUAUCUUCUCCAUCGCUGAGACAGCUAGGCAUAGUUGUUGCCAGGUAAGUUUAUCUAAUUGGCAAGUAAGAGCAGAAAGAAAGCAUAGCUCUUUCUCCUCUACUAAAAGCAGUGAGGAUCUACCCCUACUCUUCCUAGCUUGGUCAGCACACUCCCCCACAGCUCCCCCGAUUCCUUGUCUAAUGUAGUGAGUGUGCCCCCUCCUCCUUCGGUCUGUUAUAAUCACAUUGUGAGGUAGCAGCUUCUUCUCUUUCCUCAAUGGGCCGAACUGAAUUUGUCAAAAUGAACAUGUGUCCUAGGAUAAUGUAUUGAGUCUGCUACUAGUGAAGUUCUCUGCUUUAUCUGCUAAUCGCACAGUAUCUGUGAGAAAAGGAAACAAUCCUGCUUAUCACACAACAUCCUUUAAAAAGCUUGGAGAGCUGAAACCUGGAUUUACCAGACUCUUUAUCUUUAUAACAUGGCCUUUCACACAAGACACAUUGUAAAAUAGUUCAACUGCACUGGAUUUGGUUUAAUAUUGAAAAGUAGGUGGCAGCACCAUUUACUGUGCUCCUUGCCUUUCCCAUCAUACAUAGCUUCCUACACCAUUAAGAGAGAAUCCAAUUUUCUCAGCAACAUGGAGUAAUCUAUGGUAAAUUUCAACAUUUCCAAGAUCCAAUCUUGCUAGCAGUUUAUGCAUCACUAUGGGAUAACCUGUGCCUUAAAGCUAAAGAUAGGUAAAGCAGCUGUUAAAAAUGUGGAGUUGGUAAAAGGGAUAUUCAGGAUAAAGGGCAUGACACAUGAUAGAAGAGCAUCCUUUGAAUGUAUUUGUAACGAAUACAUGGUCAAAUAGCACUCGCUCUCUUCCAACAGUUACCCCCACAGAUAUAGUUACAGGUAAGUAGAGACUUUGCCUUAACACACUCUAUAAGAGGACUUAUUAAGAAAUAUGGUAACACAAUCCACUUUAUAGAAAAUCUCCUAAAUGGGCUGAACUUCCUGCAGUAGCUUGUUUGUGAUGAGUCUGAGAAAAAUGGAGAAAAGAGCUGAGUCUGCCUAUUUCAAUGACAGACUGAACACAGAAGAUACUUUGGGCUCAUUCUCUUUCAGAUAUUCUCAAAACAAAAUUUUAAAUGGGUACUAUUUGUUUCCUAAGAGCCUAGUCUAAGCUGAUCUUAUCAAACAGAGCAGAUUUUGGAGGUGCAGACCAAAAAAAAUGCCAAACCCAGAUACUACGUCCAUUUGUAAAAAGUUGCACAACUAUUUAGAGCUAUAUUAAAAGCACUUUCUUCAAGGUUGGGUGCUAACAUUUUAUCCUUGCCCAGUUUUUAUGUGCUUUGGAUAUUAGAUAAGUUGGUGCUACCGUUCAACAUCAACAAAUGGAUGGCAGACUAUUUUAGUGGAUAAAAGUAGAGCUGGCUGGAAAGUGGGGAUUAUCCACAAAAUACAUCAACUUUUCAGCAAAAACCAAAACAUUUUGAUAGAAAGUCAAAAUAGUUCAAUUUGGAAAAUCCACAGCAGUGUCUCAUGGAAGUUGCAGUUGAGGUACCUCACCCUCCUAUUCUCCUUCUACAUUCUACAUUCUCCACUACAUUUGCUGUGAUGCACAUUGGUCUCUCCUCUGCGAGAGGGGAGGCCGUACAUCAUGAGAGAUAGACAGGUACUUCAAAAGGGGUACCCCAUGCAUAGAGAACUGAAUUACAAUUCACAUGAGGCACGGUGACUCCAUAGUCGAAUCUAAAUAUUUUGGGUUUGGGGCCAAAAACUUUUCAGUUUUUAGGCAUGUUGAUUUUUGACAAAAAAUUAAAAUUUUCUGCAGAAAGCAGACACUUUCCGUGAACAUUUUCAUUUAAUAGAAAACCCCAUUUCCAUUGAAACAUAGUUUCAACAGAAAAUUUUGAAGCAGUCCUAGACAGAAGCCUCUUUCAAAGACUAUAAAAAGAGGAUGCAGUUUCUCCCUGUGCAUCUUAUAGAUCCAUCUACAGAAAAUGGAAAUGAUUCACAUGUGAUCAGGGAGUAUUGUAUCACCACAGUAACUCAGUUUGAUGAACCUAUCUCUUCCAUAUCUGCUUGGCUUUAUAUUUUUUCUACAAAAGGAUGACCCAUGCCUCUGAAAUGUCCCUUAUUUUGUCCCAAAGUUACAUAAAUUCCACACAGAUUUGAUGUUCCCUCUGCUUUUAGAGUUAAAUCAUUUACAAGGGUAAUGUAGAAUCAUGAAUCUGAGAUUAUAAUGAUUUAUACUAAAGGGACGAAUCCCUCAGUAUUUUAAACUUCUUUCCUACAUUUGGGUUGCCUUAGAGCCUUUCCGGACUGAGGUCUCUAACCUGUUUACAUUCGGGUACUUCUAAGAAGGAAAAAAGUAGUGUGAGAGAAGAAAACCAAAGUAACCAAUCGCCAUAGAAAUCCUCAUGAUGGACCCUCAAAUACUAAAAUCUUUACCUUGCUGCUUGUGCACUUAUUGUAAAUUUCCUGUUCCAUGGUUGCAUAAUCAGUAGUAAUUAAACCAUUGGCAAGCAAUCCUGAAGAUUGUUGGAAAAUGGGAGCCUAAUAAAUCCCAGCUCUGCGAGGUUGUAGACUAGGAAAUCCUAAUUAUGACUGAAAUAGUAAAACAGCAAAAGUUGAUCCAAUUAGGUGGAGAUCUGUAAGCGAGAUAAAGAUGUAUAUGUCUGCAACACUACUGUCGAUGGUAUGUGGCUGUUUUUCUGUCUAUGCUAUACAAGGCAAGGGAAGGAGGGCCAGGAAAUGGGGAUGAACUCCUAAUCUGAACCUCAUAGAAAACAGCUAUCUUUCUGAGAUCUCUACGAAUUAAAGUUCAGUGUGUAGACCCAUUAUCUAGAUUAACUCAUACAUGUUAGUACAAUACAGACCCAUUUUUUCCAAACAACUUCAAAGGAGCUCUGAAAUAUCUGGGUGGAAAUAAGGCUUUUAGUGAGCAUGGAUGCCAUGCAUACUCCAUACUACUUUUGAGGGACAUGACCAGGAUUUGGUUAACAAGCGAGUGGAUGAGUGGUGGUAUCCUGCAUAAUGUCAUCUAGACUAUAAUAUCAUGUGCUGAAGCUGCAGCUUUUCAUACUUGUGACUUUUGAGGUCUUCCACCUGGCAAAGGACUGCUCUGUCAUUAGCCAAUGAUGUUGGAUAGCCAGGGAUUCUGAUUUGUAUAGAGAAUUAACUCCCAGAGGUUCUACUCCACAGCAUCCCAAGUCAUUAGUGGACUUUACAGCCCAUCCCCACUAAUUGCUAGGGGUUAAGGAAUAGGCAAUUGGUAUUGCAGAGCUGGGGUUUUCCUUAUAUGGGUGCAACCUUUUCUCUACUGUUUUGCUGUGCAGCUACUGCUUGCUCACAUGCUUCAGUACUAAUGAGCCCUGGAAGGCUUUGAGUCUGUCUGUCUGUCUCAGUGGAAACAGCACUUGGAGGCUUCUAGGUGUAGCAGCAUGCUUGCAGGGAUCAGUCAGAGGACAGUAAAAAGGCUUGGUAAUCAUGGAGAAACAGGUAGUUCUCAACUUUGGCAGCUCCAUUGUUGGGACUCACUUACAGGAUGGGCAUUAUUCUAGAAUUUAGACGAGAAAUUUUUUUUGGUCCCUUCCCUGGCAAGUCGAUAAUAUUUUUUCUGGGUAUUUCAGUGUCUAUCUUUUUUUCAGAUAAUUCUCCUUUGAGUUGGUGGAAGGAGCUGUAUGUGUAACACUAGCACAAUGGAGGCCCUGACUGGGGCCUCGAGGUGUUUUACCAUGACAUAAAUCAAUAACUAGACAUUGCAUUAAAAAUCUCCUCUGCUUGUUUCUGGUGGCUGUCCAGACAGAAGUUGAAAAUUGCAUGGCACUGUUCAGAAAAGCCCUGCUGUCCAGCCCAAUAUUUUUCGUUCAGUGACCGGUUCUGAUGUAGCUGAGUAUGAGCUAUUACUGAGUGCAUAAUGGUUGCUGUUUUGGCUUAUACAAGAACUGCUCUGCUAGGCUGUAAUUCAUUAUCAGUAGGCACUUUGAGUUAGAGCAUGAAAACCAUGUAUAUAGUAGAACCACAUUAAGUCUGUUAUAACCUAUUUUUGACUUAUAUUAGACAGUUCUGAACUAUGGCCACCUUACAGUAUCUACAUGGGUAUGUAUUCUGCAUGUAUGCAUAUGUAAGAAGGUCCAUAUCUGGGGGUGAGUCUGUAGGGAAGUACGUGUGUAGAUAUUUGUGAGUACUGUGACAAUAUUUUUCCUAUCACACUAGGGUGUUGAGGCUUAAUUCGUUAAUGUGAGUGAGCUGGUCAGAAAUUGCACCAGUGUUCUGAGCACCAUAGAAAUGCCUGUAAAAAUUAAAACCUAAUCCUUUUCAAAUGUCACUAGUGAUUUUGGGUGCCCCAAAAUUCUUGGUUGCCCAACAUGAGAUACUUUAAAGGGGCCUGAUUUACAGAGGGCAGGUGUUCAGGACUUUCUGAAAAUCAGGCUUUUCUGUGGUAUCUUAGGUUAGACUCCCAAAAAACAGAGGCAUCCAAAAUCACUAGUCACAUCUGAAAAUGGAAGCCUAAAACUAAAUAGCGUAUAAGUGCUGUGUGUAGAUAUUGAGUGUGUUUCUGUGGUACUGUCUGUGGAAGGGGAGGGGCUGUAUUUGUGUACAUGCGUAUAUUACGCUUCCGUUGUUGCUGGCUAUUCAAUGCUGAUACUGUGUUGGGAAGUCGGCUUGAUAAUUUCCAGUUUUUUCAGAACUCACUACCCUGUAUCUUCACUUGAAAGCCUGGAAGUUCAGAGGAGACUUGCUAUGGCUGUGCUGGUUUCCUGUGACUUUAAAGACCCCACAUCACACCAUGUUUGCUCAUUACACUUUUCUAGCCAUUUACACAGUCCCAGAGUUGGAUUUAAGGCUUUCGGGAGAGCCAGCAGCAUGAGAUUUUUGACCCACAUCCCUAAACUUACCUGACUGGUUUUAGGUUAAAAUAGUGAUGGUAGGGAAGGAACUUGAGACCGCCAUAAAAGCUGGCCAUAGAAGGGAAGUCCAGCUGUUCAUAUCAAGGUCUCUGCCUGCAUAGUGGCCAGCAUCUGAUGUCAUUUUCCAGUGCACAAUUCUCCUGUUGACUCUAGAACCCCCAUGUGUUAUCGGGUCUCGUGAGACAAGGUGGGUGAGGAUGGGUAAUCUCUUUUAUUGGACUAACUUCUGUGGGUGAGGUCUUGUCUACACUACCACUUUACAGCGCUGAAACU